UUUCGGUUUCUGUAACGUAACUCCCCCCCUACUCUAUCGAUUAAUACUUCCCCACUUUCAUACAUCAUGCUCUCCACUCAGUCCGUUCUCAGAAACAUUACACACAAUCCUGCUGUUCGUUCCGUCGUGUUCAAGAACGCUGCUGUCAGCUCCAUGGCAGUGAGACGUUUCAAUGCUACACCUUGCGCUCGCGAGCAAUCGCCUGCUGCCGAGUCCGAGUUAUUACGCCAGCAGCGUAAAGUUCGCCCUGUUUCUCCUCACUUAACUAUUUAUCAACCCCAGAUCACCUGGUAUCUUUCGGCUGCUCACAGAGUCACCGGUUGUGCUGUCGGUGGUGCUGUUUACUUGGGUGCAUUGGCCUACCUUGCCGCCCCCACUGUCGGUAUGACUUUUGAUUCUGCUACUCUUGUUUCUACUGUUGCUGCUGCUCCCGUGGCUGUCAAGGUUCUCGCGAAAACCACCGUUGCAUUCCCAUUUGUUUUCCACUGUCUGAACGGUAUUCGACAUUUGGUUUGGGAUGCUGGUAAAUGUAUCGAUAUCAAGAAGGUCUACACUACCGGUUAUGCUGUUCUUGGCGGUACCCUUGCCGGAUCUUUGUAUCUCGCUUCUUUGUAAUUGAAAAUAAAAUUUUACGCAUUCAUCCUAUUCCGGACAUGUGAAAAUGGACCAACCUUUUGCCGGGAUUCCAUUCCACUCCUGUAUCACCCAGACUUCCCAUAUCCCGAUAUUGUGCAC